UUCCCCCCUAAAUCAGUUGCCACUGUCAGAGUACCCCCCUAUUUCAGGCAUUCCCAUCAGAGCUCCCCCUUAAGUAAUUUGUUCCCAUCAGAUUUCCCCAUACAUCAGCCAUUUCCAUCAGAAUGCCCCCUUAGAUCAGUCAUUCCAAUCAGAAUGCCCCCUUACAUCAGUGUGCCCCCUUACUUCAGUUGUCCCUAUUAGAGUGCCUCAUUAUAUAAGGUUCCCCUAACAUGAUGACACCUUACAUAUGGUGUGCCCAUCAGUGUGCCCCCCCUUACAUUAGGUGUGCCCAUCAGAGUUCUCUUUUACAUCAGUUUUCCCCAUCAGAGUGCCCCUUUACAUCAGGUAUUCCCAUCACAUUGCCACCUUACAUCAGGUAUUGCCGUCAUAGUGCCCC